CGUCGAAGAGAGUCGUGUUAGUGGAUUCGGGCCGUUUGUAGGUACGGAAACCCUCGUUACCUGUGGGAGCCGUUUGUGUUGACAGCUCGAUGUAAAGGAAGAAAGGCGACUCGACGAGCUGUGGGUUAAACACACAGCCUCUUUAGUGGUGCUCUGACCGAAGGCCUCAGAUCCAGCCUGUGCCAGUUUGUGUGGGCGAACGCAGCGCUGUAGCUACUCGGGCUAACAGCUCAAAGGAGAAAGGGCAGAGCAAUAUAUGAAGACGUCCUUCGAAGUGCAGCGGGAGACUCUGGUAGCUGACAUGUACGGCACGGCGGGAAUGCCCGACCUCCUGCCCCCGGCAGAGUGUGACCUGAGGCCAAGUCCACUGGUCCCGUACGGCGGCGUGGAGGCGCAGAGGAGGAACGGCUCAGAGAUGCGGCCUCCACCGCGGACAGUACAGAGAGCCCCCAAACUCGGCCAGAUCGGCCGCUCCAAGAGAGUGGUCAUUGAUGAUGAAGACUUGGAUGACAUCAUGAACAACAACAGGAGCUUCCCUGUGUCCAUCAGUGCCUAAAGCAUGACAGAUUGUGCCAAAGCUGUGAAGAGGCCAACACCAUUAAUCAAACAAGUUCUGAAUCAUCUAUAAAAUGUAAUGGGUCAUGAACCAUCCAUACUCUUCACUCACACAGUAUCAGUGCGGAUAGACCCACACACCUUCUCUCUCUUAAAUCUCACAUUUCACAUCGCUGCAACUUUAAAUCUGGGGACUGUUGACAGUUGCCACUCUGUUAUCAUUGCUUGUGCAUUGGUUGUAAUUUAAAUCCUAUGUUUCUGUGGUUACCUCUCUUGUUUAACACUGCAUUUUGAUACUGAGAUUGAAAAUGAUCUCCAAAGCUACAGGGCUAUAUUUAUAAAAUAUGCACUUUACGGAGGGGGCAAAGACCAAACGGACCUUGUUUGGUAGGGUUGCUCCUCUCUCACAGAAGAUAUAUUCUGUGCAGGUCUGUUAACGUGUAACGCGGCAUUAGCUUAAGACCUGUGGUUACCUUGGAAACUGAGGUCUUUGGCUUGUCUUUUAUGCACUCUGAACAUUGGCAGUUAAAGUAUAUUAGCAGGGACUGUUUUCAAAUAGUCAUCAUUUAUAGGGAUUCUUCAUCUUUGAUCCAAAUGAAAUUAGUACUUCCUCGCAACCUGAAUAUUAUCUAAAAUGGUUAGUAUUUAAUCGGAGUAAUUUGUCUGCACUGCUCUCAACAUUCAGUGCAGAGUUGUAAUCGACUUGCAUGGAAAUUGCUAUGGGAUUUUUGUUUUGUAUUUGUAAAAUGCAUUUUUGAAAAUAAAGUAUGCAUGACUGUCAUCAUA